CGCCAUUUUACGCGACUCGCCGUCGUCGAACAUGAACAACAACGCAGCUCCGGGCGCAUCGGAUAAUGAUUGUCGCGUUUCCGGCCUGUGAUUAUGUCCGUACGCAUUAUUGACGCACGCCCGUCUUUCGGCCGAAACUGUUUCGCGUGUACCGCCGCGUCGUCGUGGUCGUGGUGUCCGCGGUCCGCCGGCACCUCAGCCGUGGUGUUUGUGUGACGUCCAAGACGUCGUCGUCGUCAUCGUCGUCGUCGUACCGGACGAAAUGUCUAACGAAAAAUGACUCACUCCAGCCAUCAGACCAACGGCGCCAGCUUGGAGGAUUGCCACACAAACUUCUUCGCCCUGACUGACCUAUGUGGUAUAAAAUGGCGUAAGUUUGUUCAUUGUUCAGCCGGUCCAGAAGGACCUCCUGACUGGGGAGGUGGUCCUGGUGGUGGAACCAAUGCCUGUGGCUCAAUACUUGAGGAUCCAGUGUUAUCCAGUUAUACAAGAUGUUUAACCCAUGACAUGUUGGCUGUAUGGCGGCGUGUCUCAUUGCCGCCAGCCAAUUCCCAACAGUCAUCACUUGAUCCCUUGGUACCUGCUCCACCCACACCAGUACCUACUCUUCCACCAGCACUCUCUUUGAAAGCAUCAAAAGAGCUGUGGAUAUUUUGGUAUGGUGAAGAACCAGAUCUGACUGGACUUGUUUCUCCUCAACUUUUACUUAAUGAAGGUGAUAAUGGUUCAUGGGAAAGUGGCCUUUCAUACGAAUGUCGUUCACUUUUAUUUAAGGCCCUUCAUAAUUUAAUAGAAAGAUGUUUAAUGUCAAGAGACUUUGUUCGAUUAGGGAAAUGGUUUGUACAACCCUAUUCAUCUUCCGAAAAACUAGAUAAUUCAAGUUCAAGUCAUUUGUCAUUUUCUUUUGCGUUCUUUGUUCAUGGAGAAAGUACUGUUUGUGCUAGUAUUGAUGUACGACAGCAUUCUGUUGUACGGACUUUGUCUAAAGAACAUAUAGCACAAGCAUCCUCUCAACCUCAAAACGGAACAAAUGUUCAAGUUAUGCUUGCACCAUUUGGCCUUGCUGGUACAUUAACUGGUCAUGUAUAUAAAAAUAUGGAUGCUGAAACUAGCCGAAUGAUGGAUGAAUGGAGCCAUUUUUAUCCAGUUGUCAAUAGUAAUGGACCAAACGAAUUGUCUCCUGCGGUUGAAGUUAUAGUUGGUGGUGUUAAGAUGAGGUAUCCAUCUUGUUAUGUUCUGGUAACUGAUUUAGAUGAAAGUACUGCUGAGUUACAUAAAAAUAAUAAUAAUCUUCAAAUAAACCCCCAACAACAACAACAGCAACAGCAGCAACAACAUCCACCAUUACAACAACAAACAUUACCUAAGCAACAAAUAUUUGUGACUAAACAUCAACAUCAUUCAGACACAAUAGUAUAUGCUUUGGAUAAUACAGUAUCGUCCAUACCUGAACGAGCAUGGCAAGAUUGUGUACUUGGACCACUACAUACAGAACAGAAUACCCCAUCAAGACCUGAAUCACCAACGUUGGGUCAAUGGCAUAUAUCUGAUCCAUUACAAAAAUUAACAUGUUCCUGUACAAGGUCAACACGAUUUGGUCCAAUGGAUAGUCCUUGUGGCCUAGAUUCCGUGCCUCCUUUGCCUUCAGUAUCAACCCCUCCAUCUGCUGGACAACCCGCCCCACUUUCAAUUCCUCCUCCAAUGCUAAGUCCACACGAUGAAAAAAUCCCCAUCACACCUCUUUCAGUUGACUUCCAACCUAAAUCUGUUUCAUCUGUUUCCAAUCAAGUAUUUUCACCUUAUCCUUCCUCUGCUCCUGCUAGUCAGGAACCUCAUAAAUCUGGCCGAGAAAGUAAUGCUGGUACACCUGCACCAGCUAGUAAUACUGUAAGCAUACCAGCGACUACACCAACUACUACUACAACACCAGUUCCAAUGCAAACACAAAGUUCAAGUGCUUAUAUAACAUUAAAAAGACCACAGCUCUCUUCUAAAGAUUAUGAAGCUAACUUGAUUGAGGAAGAAUUAAUGCCAUCUAAACUUUUGUAUGAUUAUUCGUGCAUUGAUGCUUGGUUGUAUCAUCCAGUAAAGAAAUUUAAACCUAUUAUACCAAAACAAGAACCUAUUACAAGAAUAAAUAAUAUAACAGAUAAUCCAACAUCUCCUCAAGUUUACAUUAGACGAGAUACAAGUGUACCCAUACUUCCUGUUGAACCAUCUGAAAAUCCAUUAAAUAAUUUUAGUAGCUUUGAAGAAUUACGAAAUAAUGCACUUAGAUUUAAAGGUGGUCGUUCAGAUCCUUAUGAUUUUGAUGAAGAAAAUGGUGUUUGUUCUAGCAAUAACAUAAUGGUUUCUAAUGAUUACAAAAUGAAUACUACUAUGGCUGUGAUGAAGCAUGAAGAUAUCAAAAAAGAAUAUGACCCGGGAUUAAUGAAUGGGAAUAGGUGUAUAAAUGACAGUUUAAGGGAUCUUGAUCAUAUGUUUGACAACUCUGAUGAUUUAUCUAGUGAUGAAGCUGUGGCAGCUUUACAAAUGCAAACACCUCCUGGCUCAAACAAACCUGAUGAUUGUCUUGGUGGGAGUUUGACAACACUCUUGGUAAGACCUCCUAGAGGUAGUGGUGGUGGCAGUGGCGGUGGUGUUCUAAGGCCUGAAGAAUUAGUAAAAAUGUUUCCAACUCCUCCGUCAUUAGAACAUAAUCCUAUAGCAUCUCCUUGUCCUGAUAUAGAUUUACUUCCAUCUCGUACUUACCAAACAAACUCUUACAUGGGAAGUCCUCAAUAUGACCACAUAGAUGAUUGGUCAUACGUAUAUAAAACUCCAACUAUAGCAAAAAUGGUUGGCUCUUCUAAAUAUGCACCACUCACAAAUCUUCCGAGCCAAAAUUUACCUCCAUUAAUGGUACCUUCCAAUUGUGUAUAUAAGCCUUCCUCUUUUGUUUAUCAUACAUCACCACAACCUCAACAAAUUCAACAUCAUCCACCUGAAAAGCAAAUUCAGAUUGUACCUCCACCAGCAUCUUCGGCAAAUAAUAAUUUAGCACCAAAUAUGAAUCGCAAUAAUCAUUAUCAUCAUCCAAUGAUGAUGAGUCCAUCACCUCAUAGUACACCAUGGCCUGGAGGAGGGAAUCAAUAUCAUCAUCGUCCACCACCACCACAACAACAAAUACAACAUCAACAAGUGCCUCCUCCACCUUAUAGUCCUGCUCUUUCACAACACCACAAUAUGAAUGUUGUACCAACUAAUAUGUCACCACCUGUACCUGAAGCUAACUCAAUAGUUGUGAAUGUUUUAUUAACUGACUCAUUAUUAAAUGUCUUCCGAGAUCAUAACUUUGACAGUUGCACAUUGUGUGUCUGUAAUGCUGGUCCAAAAGUUGUUGGUAAUAUUAAAGGCACAGAUGCCGCAGUUUAUCUCACUCAUACUUUGACACCAAAUGGAUACUCAUCUCAGUAUCAACAUCAUAUGUCUGUUGGAAUUCCUGGCGAUGAAGAUGGAAUUCGAUGCAGUUGUGGUUUUAGUGCUGUUGUAAAUCGCAGAUUAUCUCAUAAAUCAGGAUUGUUUCCAGAAGAUGAAGCUGAAAUAACUGGACUUAUUGAAGAUAUUCCUGUUCGUGUUGAUGAUAACUCUAUGAACCCUGAAGUUCUAGAGUUAGUUCGAGAACAAUGUGCUGCUGUAAUUUAUAGUGCAUGUAGUUCUUUAGUACGGGCUGCAGCUAAGUAUCCUAUAAACCAUCCACCGCAAACAGCACCUGUCAAUAUGUUAGAAUUUACCGAUACCAAUCAAGUGGCUCUACUUGCUCUUGAACAAGGCAGAUUAGCUAAGUUGGAAGGUGGAAUGAAUAAUCAUUGGCAAGUUGAACAUCAUCGUUGGCCUGGUCAUCAUCAACAGUCAUUACCACCAUUAAAUAAUAAUUCUCCCCCCGUGCAUCGAUGGGCUUACAGUCAAGCACCUGGGCCACGUAGUAGUAGACAACUUAUAAGAGUUAUGAGGACAUUACAACCACUUUUACAAGAAGCUAUUCAAAGAAGAAGUGUAACUACAAGAUUAUGGGAACCUUACACUGUUACUGGACCACUAACUUGGCGACAAUUCCAUCGUUUGGCAGGACGAGGUACAGAAGAUAGAUGUGAACCGCAACCUAUUCCUCCAAUUCUGGUUGGGCAUGACAAAGAUUGGGUAUCUGUUGCACCUUUAGCUCUUCAUUAUUGGGAUAAAUUAUUACUAGAACCAUUUUCAUAUUCCCGUGAUGUUGCAUAUAUUGUUGUUAGUCCAGACAAUGAAUUUGUUUUACAAAGGACAAGAGCAUUUUUCAAAGAAUUAAGUGCAGCUUAUGAAAUUAAUAGAUUAGGUCGUCAUUGUCCAAUUACUAAAGUAUUACGAGACGGUAUUCUAAGAGUAGGUAAAUCAGCUGCUGCUAAAUUAGCCAAAGAACCUGUUGAUGAAUGGUUUUCAAUGUUGGGUGAAAAUCAUCAAUCAUCGAUGUUGAAAUUAUAUGCCCAAGUUUGUCGUCAUUAUUUAGCUCCACAACUAUCUCAGUUUUCAAUGGAUAAAACUUUAUUGGAUCCACCAGAAGGGAGUACUCCAAGACCUCCACCUUCUCCUAUGCCACCUCCAUCAUCAAUGACACCAAACUCUAUGGACUCGCCUGUUUCAUCAAACGAUCGAGCACCCACUCCCAAGAAUGAUGGCUUAGAUGAUUCCUGUGGAUCCCAGGCGGAUAAAAGUUUCAACAGUAGCGGUGAUAACAAUCAUUGUGAUGAUGAUGAUGGUGAAGUGCCAGCUAUUGUUAUUUAUCUUGUUGAACCUUUUUCCAUUGGCAAGGAUAGUAGUAAUCUUGCAAGGAUUGCUUGCCAUGGUCUUUUAAGAUGUUAUAACACAGUUUUAGCUACCCUUCCAGAAGCAAUACGAUCAAAUAUUUCUGUGCAGUUAAUAUCUCUAGAAAGUGUUCUAGAACUCGGUCGGUCUUCAGAUCAUCUUAAAAUGAGUGAUAAUAUGAGAACUUUGGCUCUAUCUGUUUUUAGUCAAUGUAGACGAUACUUAACUCAUACUUCAAACAUAAAAGCCCUAACUGGGUUUGGCACAGCAGCUAUGACUGAAUUGUUCUUAAAAAAUAAAGAUGAAAAGAGUCGAACUGCUUAUAAAGCAUACACGCCUCCUUUCAUUUUAGCCGGUUAUAGAAAUAAUAAAACUGGCCGAACAGAUAGUGGCUUAGCUGGUGAUAGUAGCAGUGAUACAUUAUCAAUUCUUGGUGGACCCAAUGGAGGGGUGGGUUCUCCAUCAGGUACUGAUCAACAAUGCUCUGUACUUUAUGCUAGUUACUGUAUAUCAGAAGAUCAAAAGUGGAUAUUAGCUACAGCAACUGAUGAACAGGGGAUCUUAUUAGAAACAGCUACAAUUAAUAUUUUUGUACCUUCUAAUAGACGAAGAAAAUCUCCGGCUCGAAGAGUAGGCUUACAAAAGUUAAUGGAUUUCAUCUUGGGUGUAAUGAGUCAAAGUGUAACACCUUGGCGGUUAGUUGUGGGUAGAGUUGGCAGAAUUGGCCAUGGUGAACUUAAAGGUUGGUCGUGGCUACUAAGUCGUAAAGCAUUGAUGAAAGCGUCACGUCACUUAAAAGAAUCGUGUGGUCAAUGUAGUUUAUUGUAUCAAAAAUCUGAUGUACCAUCUGUAGUUAGUGCUUGCUUAGUUUCUUUGGAACCAGAUUCUUCGUUAAGACUGAUGACAGAUCAGUUCACACCUGAUGAACGUUUUAGCCAAGCAUCUGUUGCUUGUCAACUUUCUACACCCCGUGAUGUUUCUGCAACUCAUAUUCUCGUAUUUCCAACAUCAGCAACAACACAGUCUUCACAAACUGCGUUCCAAGAACAACAAAUAAAUGGCCCAGAACUUGGUGAUGAUGAAUUAUUUAGUGCAUUUAAUGAAGAAGACAUGCCAGAAGGUAUGGAAGGUAUGGGCGACUUCAAUGAUAUAUUUAGCACAUGGAAUGAUUCGGAUGCUGUGGGAAAUACGAGUUUGGGACUUCCUACCAGUGGUGGCUCAGGUGUCAUGGGUGGUACAAGUGGUAAUGUUAUUGGAGGCAAUAUGGGCUCUGGAUCUUUAGGUGGUUCUAUGGGAAUGGGAAGAGGAUCAAUGGGAACUAGAGGAGAUUGUUCCUCUCAACCUGGUAGCCCACCAUCUUCACAACCUUGCAGUCCUUUUACUUGUGGAUCAUCAUCGUACAGAAACGGUAGUUGCUUAGAUGGUCAUGAAGAGGUAGGAGCAUUACUCCAACAACCAUUGGCUCUAGGUUAUUUAGUAUCUACAGCUCCUACGGGUCGUAUGCCCACAUGGUUUUGGGCAUCAUGUGCACCAGACAUAGAGAAAUGUAGUCCAGCAUUUCUUAAAAGCGCAUUGCACAUGCAUACUGUACAGUUGCCUAAUAACGCUGAUCCAGCAGCUGCAGAUCUCCUUCAUCCAACAUCUGCAGUUUCAGCACAUCCUCUAGAUUCUCAAUACACCACAGACGUUCUAAGAUAUGUUUUGGAGGGUUACAAUGCAUUAUCAUGGUUAUCAUUGGACUCUAACACUCAUGAUCGAAUGUCUUGCUUGCCAAUACAUAUGCAAGUAUUAAUGCAACUAUACCACACUAUGAAUGCUCUUAUAUGACGGUAACAUGUUUUUCGAAAUAACCUAGUUAAUUUUUCGUGAAACAUUUCCUUUAUUGUUUCAUUUAAUUUUAGGUCAAUUAAGGUGAUAUUUAAUUAAUGUAAAUUUUUAGCUUUAUUUUAAGAAAAAAAUAAAAAAAAACAAAUUGAAAAUUAUCUGGACACCAUUUUAGUGUAGACAAAUGUUUAUUACAAAUUUUUAACAAAUAACAUGUAAUAUGUAGGUACCAAUGGAUAGUAAAUUUUAGGAAAAUUUUAUUUUAUACAGUACGUUAUAGGCAAAUUGUGA